AAGCAUCCCCACACACACAGUCUCUCUCUCUCUCUCUCUCUCUCUCUACACCCAACAGUGAGGGGAAAAACAGAACUUCCCUACCCAGCACAGCACUCUCACUCCUCAGAACAACCAACCAAUCCAUUCCAACCUUACUAAAUUUUUCAUCUCAAAUCAUUUACAGUCAAUUCUCCUCAAAAUCUACAGAGAGGGAGAGAUGGGCAAGAAAGCUGCCCAAAAAGAUAACAGCGCCGCCCUCUUCUCCACUCUCUGAAACCGACGCUCGUCUUCCCUCCCUCCCUCCCUCAAUUACAGCAAAAGAAGAAGGAAGGAGUCUUUUGGGGAAGGGAAAUAACCCAUUUUCCGUCUUGCUUCUUCGAUGGCCUUUCUCCUUCUCACAUCACUUCUGCUCCUCUUCAUCCCCUCACCGACCCCCGCCAAAGCAGACUUCGCCACCGCCCGCUCCCUGGACGCUCUCCUCCAGACGUAUACAUUCGAUUUGUUUCGCCAGCGGGCGAAAACCGGCGUCGUCUACACUGCCGAUCUCCCGGGGAACUUAUCCGGAGUCGAGGCCCAUGGCAUCCGAUUCCGCAGCGGCAGCCUCCGGAGGCGCGGGGCGAGCCCGAUGGAAUUCGAUUUCCCGGUGGGAACUGUCGUUCAGCCGUACGUCACGCGCCUGAUCGUGGUUCUGCAGAAUCUGGGCAAUCGAUCGGCGGAUUACUACGAUUAUUAUCCGGCCGGGUUCCGGCUGGUGACACCCGUUCUGGGCUUCCUUGCCUACGACGCCGCCGGUUCCAGCAAUCCGGCCUCCCAGAAGGAGCUGGACAUGGUGGCUACCGGGUCGGCCAUAACAAUCAAUUUCACGAGUACCAUCCGGUCCGGGGACGACGGCAAUGCAUUGUGCGUGUUCUUUGACGUAAAUGGUACCGUGGCUCUCGGGAAUCAGACGGCCAGGAACGUGUGCAAGAGUUCCCGUCAGGGGCAUUUCGCUCUGGUGACGAAGGAGAGUCCUUCACCGCCGCCGCCAUCGCAGCCGCCUGGCGCUGCUCCUGGAAGAGGGAAAAAGUCGGGAAAGUGGAAGGUGGUGGUAGGGGCGUUGGUGGGAGGCGUGGUAGGAGCGGUGCUUCUGGUCUUGUUGGUGGCGGCGAUCAUCAGGAUGCAAAAGAAAUCGAAGAUAGCGCGGAUGGAGCGGCGCGCCGGGGAGGAGGAGGCCUUCGGGACGGCGACGGUGGGGCAAGCUAGGAUGCCCAUCGCCUCCGCCAUGAGAACGGCGCCCGCCAUUGAGAACGAUUACCGCCCUGGAGAUUGAUUGGUGAAAAAACAAAGAGAUAACCAACAAGGUGAUUCUUUGGUUUCACUUUCACCAAAAACGGUGUUACUUUCUUCUUCCCAAGUAUUUUUUUUUUUUUCCUCGUCAAUUUUGUGGAGUUCCAUUUUUUCUUUCGAUGGGGAUCUUUUCCCCCCAUGUACCAUAUAUCUCAGCGAUUAUUCUAUCUUGUAUAGAAUUGCAGGGGAAUAAGGCUUUUUUACUUUGACCGGCCUUGCACA